UGCGGGCGGCUGUGCCAUGCUCGCGGGGCCGGGCCUGGGCCGCGGCGCGGGGCGGCCGGAGCGGGCGGCACCGGGGCCUGGCGGCGCGGCCGGUCGGUGCCCGGCGGGAUGUUCCGCAAGGUGCGGAGGGUGAAUGUGCGCAAGCGGAACGACUCGGAGGAGGAGGAUGAGGAGCGCGACGAGGAGCCGCCUCAGGAGCCGGCGCCGGCGGUCGGCACGGCUGAGGAAGGGCCCAGCGAGGCCUCCAUGCCGCUGGCGUCGGGCGCCGGGCUCCUGCCGCUGCCCGCCGGCUGUGUGCCCCUCGCCCUGCCCGGCAGCCCCGCGGCCUUCGCCUGCGCCGCCAGCUACGGCGCGGCUCUCGGCUUGGGGCUGGGCUUGAUGGGAGGCGACCGAGCAGGCCUGGGGGCUCUGGCGGCGCCCGCUGCCCUGCGCCCCCCGCCGCCGCCGCCGCAGCCCCAGCAGGGCAAUGGGCUGCCGGCCGCCGGGCGCCCCAAGGAGAAGAAGCGCUCGCGGGAGAACAAAGAGGUGCCGAGGGCCAGCCUGCUCAGCUUCCAGGACGAGGAGGAGGAAACUGAAGAAGUUUUCAAAGUGAAGAAAUCAAGUUACAGCAAAAAGAUUGUAAAACAGUUGAAGAAAGAAUACAAAGAAGAUCUUGAAAAAUCGAAAGUUAGAACAGAGGUCAAUUCUCCAACAGAUGUUGAAGCACCACUAGAAAAGACAGGACAGAAUAAGGAUAUAGGCCAAGAAGAUGGGACUGCAAACAGUGAGCAUGGUGAAGAAGAAAUGGAAGUUGAAAGUGAGAAGGAAGAAGAAAAACCAAAAGCUGGUGGUGCUUUUUCAAGUGCUCUAUCAUCACUGAAUGUUCUCCGCCCAGGAGAAAUUCCAGAUGCUGCUUUUAUUCAUGCCGCUAGGAAAAAGCGUCAAAUGGCUCGUGAACUUGGAGACUUUACCCCCGUUGACAGUGAACCAGGUAAAGGCCGCCUUGUUCGAGAAGAUGAAAAUGAUGCCAGUGAUGAUGAAGAUGAUGACGAGAAGAGGAGGAUAGUUUUUACAGUGAAGGAAAAAUCCCAAAGGCAAAAGAUUGCUGAGGAAAUAGGUAUUGAGGGAAGCGAUGAUGAAGCACUAGUGGCAGGGGAGCAAGAUGAAGAACUCAGUAGAUGGGAGCAAGAGCAGAUACGAAAAGGAAUCAACAUACCCCAGGUUCAACCAAGUCAGCCUGCAGAAGUGAAUAAUGUGUACUACCAGAACACUUACCAGACACUGUCUUAUGGUUCAUCAUAUGGCAUUCCAUACACCUAUGCUACGUAUGGAUCAUCGGAUACCAAGUCUCAAAAAGCAGAUAAUACAGUUCCUUUCAAAACUCCCAGUAAUGAGAUGACUCCUGUUACUAUUGAUUUGGUAAAGAAACAGCUUAAAGACAGGUUGGACUCUAUGAAAGAAAUGCACAAAGCUAAUCGGCAGCAAUAUGAGAAACAUCAGCAAAGCCAAGAGGACUCUACCAAGGCAAUUGAAAGAUUAGAAGGGUCUUCUGGGGGUAUUGGUGAACGGUAUAAGUUUUUGCAAGAAAUGCGAGGGUAUGUCCAAGACUUGCUUGAGUGUUUCAGUGAAAAGGUGCCUCUGAUUAACGAGCUUGAAUCUGCAAUGCACCAGCUGUACAAACAGCGAGCUUCCCGCCUUGUCCAAAGACGACAAGAUGAUAUUAAAGAUGAAUCUUCGGAGUUUUCAAGCCAUUCAAAUAAAGCACUGAUGGCACCAAAUCUUGAUUCUUUUGGGCGAGACAGAGUGAUCUAUCAAGAACAAGUCAAGCGUCGAACUGCAGAGAGAGAGGCUAGAAGAGCUCGCCGUAGACAAGCCAGAGAGCAAACUGGGAAGAUGGCAGAUCACCUCGAAGGCCUGUCCAGCGAUGAUGAGGAAACUUCAACAGAUAUCACAAACUUCAACUUGGAGCGAGAUCGUAUAUUGAAAGAAUCCAGCAAAGUUUUCGAAGAUGUUUUGGAAAGCUUUUACUCCAUUGAUUGCAUUAAGUCACAGUUUGAAGCUUGGCGCUCCAAGUACUUUGCUUCUUAUAAGGAUGCUUAUAUUGGCCUCUGUUUACCAAAGCUGUUCAACCCUUUAAUCAGACUUCAGCUGCUUACCUGGACUCCCUUGGAGGGCAAGUGUCGGGACUUUGAAACAAUGUUGUGGUUUGAGUCAUUGCUGUUUUAUGGCUGUGAAGAGCAGGAGCAGGUGAAAGAUGAUGCUGAUAUUUCACUAUUGCCUACCAUUGUAGAGAGAGUCCUUCUUCCUAAAUUAACAGUAAUUUCUGAAAAUAUCUGGGAUCCUUUUUCUACCACGCAGACAUCUAGAAUGGUAGCAAUUGUACAGAAACUAAUAGAUGGAUAUCCCUCAGUGGUGAAUGCAGAAAACAAAAAUACACAAAUGCUUUUAAAGGCGUUGUUGCUGAGAAUGAGGAGAACACUAGAUGAUGAUGUAUUCAUGCCCUUGUAUCCAAAAAACAUCUUAGAAAACAAGAACUCUGGUCCAUAUUUGUUUUUCCAACGUCAGUUUUGGUCCUCUGUUAAGUUAUUGGGAAACUUUCUCCAGUGGUAUGGAAUCCUGUCAAACAAAACUCUACAGGAGCUGUCCAUAGAUGGGUUGCUAAAUAGAUACAUUCUUAUGGCUUUUCAAAACUCUGAGUAUGGAGAGGACAGCAUUAAGAAAGCUCAAAGUGUAAUUGCUUGCUUCCCUAAGCAGUGGUUCACUAAUCUAACAGGAGACAAGACUAUUUCUCAGCUAGAAAACUUCUGUAGAUACCUUGUUCACCUGGCUGAUACAAUUUACAGAAACAGCAUCGGUUGCUCUGAUGUAGAGAAGAGAAAUGCAAGGGAGCACAUCAAGCAGAUCAUAAAGCUUCUAGCAAGUAUCCGAGCUCUGGAUCAUGCUGUUACUGUUGCAAAUGAUCACAAUGUAAAAGAGUUUAAGAUUUUAAUAGAAGGAAAAUAGACUUUUCCCUCCACUCAUUUUGAGCUUUAAAACCAUUCCUGAUGUGUAAUUUAUGUACAUAUGUAAAGUUUCUUAAACUGUAAAGUAUUGAUCUUCGUUUUAAUACAAAGUGCAUUCUUAUAUACAGCAUCCUUAAAAAUAAAAAUCAUUGACUUCAUUGAAAACAAAAAUGGAAUCCCAAGGUUGUCAUCUUUCCACAAGCCAGAUUUUUCCUCAAGUUUCUCAUAAUCUUGCUCACAAAAAUACUUUGUGCCCAUAAUCAGUGGUCAUCUACUCCUGUUAAUUGUUCAUGGUUAACUGGAAUGUGUAUAAUAGAUUCUGUGUAAUACACUGUAUGCAUAUAUUUAUACCACCAUGUUGCUUUCACAUUGGAUAUAGAGAUGUUGUACUGUCGCAAAAGCUUUUCAUUUGCUAAAAAAUUCUUAUUUUGACAAUAAAAUGAUCUUAUUAUUGGUCAAAAGGGCUGGUAAAACAUUCAAAUAUGUGAAAAGUCACGAGUUGAAGAGUAGAGGCACAUUGAAGUGGAUCCUGACCUUUAAAAAGCAGCUGUGCACUCCAAGUGGAAUAACUAAAAAGUGAUUUGCAUUCGGAAUAUGGAACUCUUACGACUGUUCUUCAAAAGGAAGAUCUGGAUAAAUGGUGAAGUAUUUUUUUUAUAUAUAAGCAAACACUGAGAAUUUGUGAUUAUUGUACAUGUGUAGAUGGUGGCAUUUCCUAAGCUCCAAACACCUUCUCAUAUUGUAGGACUAAUGAUUUACCUCUGGUUUCUGGACCCUCCUUGCUUUUCUAAGUUGCUUAAGUUGUGUCAGGAUUUUGAGGAGAAGUUUUGGGUUUGGUGCUUUGUUUGCUUUCGUUUUUUGGUUUUGUUUUGUAAUGUCAUUCAUGGAACCUAUUUCUUCAGGUUAGAGUGGCUGAAGAUAGGGAGCAAAAUGAAGGUGAAAAAAAUCUUUGAAGUAUUUAUUGUAGUAAAUAUUCAAAAAUUACACUUCCCACUAACUAUCAUCUAAGGAUAGUCCUAAAAACCCCAGGGGGUGUUUAAUUUAAAUGUGAAAAACCACUUCAAAAAUCUAUUGUAUACAUGACAGCACUAGUGACUUGAUUUUGGGGUCUAAGGCAGGGGGACAGCUGUAACAGCCUUGGGUUAAGAGCUAUUCUCCAUGUGUGCCCAACUUUUUUUAAGGGAACUGUAGCAAUUAAUUUGCAUACUGAAUACUAUUUAUGCUUAUGUCAUGGUAUAAAUGAGUAUUUUAAACACAUACAAUUUGUAACAUGCACGCUUCCUUGGGAUACUGGAUAGUUGUUUUGAGCAGUUGGCAUUGAUGAAGCACACUCAGAAAUAUCUGCUUUUAAAAAUUGCUUCAAUAAACUCAUCUGUUAAGGAGUUGUUGCAGUGCAACUUGGUAAGCUUUGUUCCUUUAGGAAGGGAGUGAAGGAACUGAUGUGAGUGGCUCUGGUUGACUAUUUCAAUAUGUCAGAAAAAAACAAUCUUUCAAAGCUGGAUUUCUGGAAUGAACACAAUGGGAUGAACACUGGAAUUUACAUACCUACAUAAAUCAACAUUUAGAUAUUUGAAAUACUAUUGCAGUUGUAGUUGCAUGAUUUAAUAGUGACAGAUUUGAUCUUUCUGUGCUAAAAAUGUUACUGGUUUCAGUAUCUUGAAGAGGACCUGCAGGAAGCAUGUAAGAGAGCUGGAGAGGGACCAUGGACAAGGGCUGGGAGUGACAGGUAAGUGUCCAUUGGAGCUGAGGGAGCAGUCACAGUUCUCUUUGGUUUUGAUACUGGUGCUGUUCCUGUUUCAUCUCUCCUUGCUGUUUUCUGGUAAAUUGUCACAUCUCAACCCAUGAUCUUUACCUUUUGUGCCCCCAAAUCUCCUGCGUUGGGGAGGGGAAGAAAUGAGCAAGUGGCUCAUAGUUUAGAAUGGUUUCAGUGGGAGCAGUAACUCUGGAAGUACCAUUCCUAAACAACUUUACUUGGGUCCCUGUGUGAGGCGCGAGGAAGGGCACAACCCACAAAAGAGUGGGUUGGAAACAAAGUUGAUCUCAGUUUUUGCUGUAUUGAGUCCAGAGCCACUGGUCACAAUGGUGCUUGGUCUGUUCCUGUGGGUGUGGUACCCAACCCUGGCUCUAUUCCUGGCUCACUCCUCGGGGUGACCUUUUACAGAGCAGGGACAAGGAUCAGCAUUUCUUUGUUGCUGUACUGUGGGAUAUGAGUUUAUGACAUGAUAGCAUCAAGUGCAAUGGUGGUACUCUGGGAUGUGUGUUCAGUGCUGCUCUCCCACCCUUACUUCAGCACUACCUUUGGGAGCCCAUUAAUAACCAUACCCAGUCUGGGGGGGUAGCAGGGGAAGGAUGAUUUUCCCCCUUUCCCCUGCCUUUUCUUCCUUCAGGCCUGCUACAACAGCUUUUGAGAAUUUUGCAUUCCCUUUGGAUGGCAAGGAAAGUGUGUUCUUGUUGCUAUGUCUGCUGUGUCUCAGUGCAGUCCACACUUUGUUUCGAAUCACGUUUGGAAUCAGAACAGAGAUUUCCAAGAAGGCCAGUCAGAGACCUGAACCAAGGGGGAAUAGUCAUGAGUGGCAUGGAAUGUGCCAGAAAAUUGGCCAAUUUUUUGAGGAAGUCUCUGCUCCAGUGGUUUGAGAGUUCACCCCUGAACACUGGGACUAGGCACUCUUCUCGCCAGCUUUUUGUAGGGUCUCAUAGUCCUACAGACUGGUGAGUCUACCUGCCAAUUUGAAAUCUCCAAAAUCCCCAAGAGUAAGGUCCUAGAACAAAAAGAAAGGGCUGGGCAUCACCUUCCACUUGCAGCCUGUACAUACCCUGGUGCUAUUCCAUUUCCUUCUCCAUGUACCUUCUCAUCCUUUCCCUCUUACAGUCUCAAGAUCCCAGUUUGCUAACUGCUCCCACACUAACAGUAUUACAACAAAAAGCUCGUGGUGUUUUUUACCUUCCCUGUACUGUUGCUCAGCUCCACAUGAUGGCAGCAGUGUAGCUGCAAAAGAGGUAGAUGUCCUGAUUCUCCAGAAGCAAUGAAGUGUGCGCAUCCCAAGUUGAGAUUGUCAGUACUGGCGAAAAGCAAUGUGCCAGGACAGAUAAGUUUGGCCUUCAGAUUCCAUUUGCAACCCUUAAUUCACGUCAUGCUCUAGCAGCAUUCACUCCCUCUUAUGGCUGGUAAACUGCUGUUCCACAGGAAGGAAAACCUGGAGAUCCAGUGUUUUUAAGUGCUGAUCAUAGGCUGCCCACUGGAGGUCAAGGCCAGCAACAGCUUUCUAGCCUGGCACCUGUUGUGUUGGAGCAAUCCUUGGACAUACUCAAUUUUUGAGCUUAGCUUGAAAUUUCCAAAGUGGGAUCCAGGAACUGAGUGACAGUACCAUUCCUUGGAAAUAAAGAACAUAGUGCCAGUGUUGCUGGUGCAGAUCACAAGCUUCCAAGGGGAGGUAAAGGCCAGCAAUCUUUCUGUCCUAAAAUGUUUUUUAUACAAGCAAUCCUUGGAUGUAUUCAAAAUUGCAGGAGGUAUCCUGAAAGAGAACAUCAGUUCUUUUACAUGAGGAAAAGCACCUAGACCAUGUGUUUUAGUAGGAGACAAUAACUUACCCAGGGGAGGAAAAGGCCAGCAACACUUCUUCCCUUUGCAGCUUGGAUCCAUUUGUCAGAGCUAGUGUCCUGAAUGUGAAUCACAUUACCUUUCCUUGGAAAUAUAAACAAACUCAUCCUGCACGUGAUUGUCUGUCCAGUGAAGGUAAAGACCUUUCUCUUCUGGCACCUUUCUCUCUUAGAUCAAUCCUAGGACAAAUUCAGUAUUGGAGCAGUAGGCAAAUUUUGGCUAUAAGCUCCUGAAAAAGGAUGACUUUACUUUUACCUGGGAAGGAAAGCAUCAUGUCCCAGUGUGGCAGUUGCAGAUGAGAGGUGCAGAGAGCACUUCACCUUCACAGAGGUAAAGGUCAGCAACUGCUUUUAGUUCUGGAACCUCUUGUGUGGGACCACUUCCUGGAUGUGUUUGACUGAACAGUGGUAUCCAAAUUUUUCAGAGAGAGAAAAAGGGGUGAAACAGCCUUCCUGGGAAAGGAGAGCAACUUGCCCCAAUGCUUUUUGUAGGCUGUCCAGGCAAGGUAAACGGCAACAAAACCUUUCUUGGGACAUUUCUUUUUUUUCUCCUUUUUUUUUUUUUUUUUUUUUGGUGAGAGUAAUCCUGUGCCCUAUUUACUUUUGAAGACUGAAUUUAAAUUUUGCAUAUGCCCUCCAAAAAGUGAACAGUAGUAUCUUUCCUUGUGAAGGAAAGCAUAUAGCCCCAGAGGUGGUUGAAGUCAACAGGCUGCUUAGGAGAGCUAAAAGCCAGCAACAGCUUGUUCUCAUGGGGCCUCCUGAAUAGCCUCAAUUUUGGGACCUAUUCAGAUUUGAAGGUUGUAUUUCAAUUUUGGAUGUGGGCUCCAGAAAGUGGAUUAAACUGCCUUUCCUUGGGCAGAAAAGCACUUAGCUGCAGUAUUGAUGGAGCAGAUAACAAUCUGCCAAGGAGAGAGAAGGACCAAUAUCAGCUUUGUGUUAUAGAAUCUUUCAUUUGGGAGCAAUCCCUGGAUGUCUUUAAUGAUGGUGCUCAGAUUCAGAUUUUGGAGGAGGUAUUCUGAAAUUUCUGGCAGCACACUGACCUUUGCAAGGAAAGCACUUAGUCCUCAUGGUGGUGAUGCAGAUGAAAGGCUGCCCAGGAGAGUUAAAGGCCAGCACAAGCUCUCUGUCCUGGCACUUUUUGUUUGGGCUCAAAGCCCAGACUGAUUCUUUUUUGGAGGUUGUAACCAAAUACAGGAUAUUGUCACCUGAAGACUAUGAGAGUAAAUAAUUUAUUUUGAUGUAUCUGGUUUGCUGUCCUUGAUCUUCCAGGACAAAGACAAAUUCCCACCAACACAGACUAUUGUGCAUUCCUUCCCAAAGAAAAAGUAGCGACAUCCUAUUUCAGAAUCCCACCUCUGGAAUUUGCAGCUGAGCUCCAAAAUUGAAUAUGUUCAAGAUUUGCUCUCACACAUAAGGUUGCAGGAGAAAAUGCUAUUGCUGGCCUUUACUUCCCCUGAGAGAUUUUUUCUCUGCAGCACCAACACUGGAGUUAGUUCUGUGCCUGUGGGAAGUACUGUCAUCCUCUUUCAGAAAACUAACUCUUCUUUCAGAAAAUUAACUCUGAAAAUUCGAGUUGGACUCCAAAACUGAUUAUAUUCAAGGAUUGCUCCCACACAGAUGGUUCCAGGACAGAAAGCUGUUGCUGGCUUUUACCUCCAUCAGGCAGAUGAUCAUCUAGAGCACCCAAACUAUCAAUACAUGCUUUCCUUCCCCACAAAAGGUACUGUCAUCCUCCUUGCAGACUACCUGCAGAAUUAUGGAAUACAUCCUGAAUUGCUCUCACACAAAAUGUGCCAGGAUAGAAAACCCUUCCUUUAUGUCCCAUGAACAGCCUAUCAUCUGCAUUGCCAACACUGGAAGUAUGUGCCUUCCUUUCCAAGGAAAGUUACUGCCAUACUUUUUCAGAAGCCCCUCUCCUAACUUUGGAUACCAGCUCCAAAACUGAGUACAAAUGGGGAUUGCUCCCAUAGGAAAAGUGCUAGAAGAGAAACCUAUUAUUGGCUGUUAUACUCCGUGGGCACCUCAGAUUUCCAACACUCAAAGUGGGAUCAGGCUCUGUCCUUUCUACGGAUGGGUACUGUCAUUCUUUUUUCAGAAGACCUGCUCUGAAAAUUGGAGCCAGGCUCCAACAGAUCCUGAAUUCAUUCAAUCCUGAAUACACUCAGGGACUGAUCUCACACAAAAGCAGGACAGACAGUUGCUGGCUUUUACCACCUCUGGGCAGCCUUUCAUCUGAAUCACCAACACUGGCACUAUGUGCAUUCCUUCCCAAGGAAAGGUGCUGUCAUCCUUUCAUGAGCCCAACACUGAAAUGUGAAGCUGAGCUCCACAACUGAACAUGCCCAGGGAUUGCUCCCACACAAUGGUUUCUAAGAAAAUAAAAUAUUCCUGGCUGUUAACUCCCCUGGGCAUCUUAUUAUCUGCAAUACCAAUACUGGGGGCCUAGGUGCUUUCCUUCCCAAGGAAAGGUAAUUUGAUCUUCUUUCAGGAGCCUGCUCCAGAAUCUUGACACCACCUCCAAAACAUGUCUGACAUGUCUGGGAUGGCUCCCACACGAAAAAUGCCGAAAGUUGAUGCUGGCUGAGAAUUUCCAUAGGCACCUUACAAAUCUGCACUACCAACACUGGAGCUGGGUGCUCUCUUUCCCAAGGAGAGGUAAUGUAAUCCUCCUUCAUGAGUCGACCUCUGAAAUAUGGCUACCACCCCCAAAACAGAAUAGCACUGGGGAUUGCUCCCACAAAACAAUGCCAAGAGAGAAAGAUGUUGCUGGCCUUAACCUCCCUUGGGCAACCAAUCAUCUCCACACCAAUACUGGGGCAAGGUGCUUUCCUUCCCAAGGAAAGGCACCAUCAUCCUCCUUCAGGAGCUCACCACACAUCAUGGAAUUUUCUUCCUCACUUGCAAUGACAGCAUGCAUGAGAAAGUUUAAUACAAGAGAUUAAUUUGCCUUCUACAAACCUAGAAACUCAGAGCUGCAUAGUACUACAUGAAAACCUGAAGAGUUCACAAAGGGAGUCACACACACAAAAUCUUACUUUUUGAGGUCAACACAGACAGUGCCUUUUAGGGCAGAGACAGCCCCCAGUUCUGUCCUUAGCGCACUGCUAGAGAUGGAUGGUGAUGUGGAGAGCUGGUUUCAACAGGCACAUGCCCUCUGAUGGAAACUCUAAGGGCAUACAAGCCUCAACACUUACUUCACUUCAAAGUCUUCUGCUCUGAACUCACAACAGGUCUGGCUACACUACACAAUUCCUGCCAGCCUGGGUUGUAGCAGAAGGGAAACACCUAAAGAACAAGACCUGCCAAAGAACAUCCCCACACACAGUUCUGUUGUUGCCCAUCAGAUUGAGAUUUCCAACCAGUCAAGAAUCCAGAUUUCUAUGUAAGAAUUUGAAGUCUUGUGAGUCCAUCACAAAGGUGAAACAGUAGAUUUUAUAACUGAGAAGACCAAGACAAAUUCAGGUAUUCUGUAUAACACAAAGCACAGAAUUCAAUUCAGUCCUUCAGCUGCUAUUUUAAUUUGCAUGUAAAAGGUUUACUAUAGUUCUUGUAGAAGGAGGAAAAAAGAAGACAUAGAAGCACAGGAAUUGCCAGUGUUUUUAAAGUCCUUAUAAAAGCCUGUGAAACAAUUCACAGGGCAGACUUUCAACAAGAACAGUGACAGGGCCAUAGGCUUUUUGGGAUAACAAUCUGGAUAGAUGCAUGUUAGCAGUUUCUUGGUUUUAUGAGUAAGCAGGUCUGAUGUACUUCAGAGACCAGAAUAAGAGUCCAGAAAUUAUAUGUACCUUUUAAGACUCCUACAUUCCCACACCAUGUGUGAAAAAUGGACCAGCCCAACAGACACUUGUCAGUGAUAUUCCCCAAACUCUGUCUGCUAUGAAUCCAAAUCUAGGGAUUCUGUGACUUCUGUUGUCUUUUAACCCUACACCUGUCCUCUGGCUUUUAACCUUCUACUUUUUUAAGAAUAAUAAUCUCUUUAAUUUCACACAGUUGCUAGCUGAUUAUCUUGCAUUCAGGGAAAUGUUAUAAAUAUGGGGAGUUUUAAUUACAAGGAGCAAUUAUGUCACUGUACCAACUGUGUUAUAACAUCUGCAUUUAAAUUACUUUCACCUGCUGAAUCAAUACAUCAUUUUCCACUGCCACCCAGAAGUAUCUGACAGGCCUGUGUGAGUGCAACCUGAUGAGGCUCCAGCUGAAGGACUUUAGAAUAUCCUGCAUUAAUGCAAAUCAAGUGUAUUUUUAACAAGAGUCAAAGUAACAGGAUUGAAAACUCAGACCAGUAGAGGCUGUUCAUUGAAAACCUUUCUUAUUUCCUAGAUCAUUGCCUGAAAAAGUCCCAAAUGUUGCCAGGUUGACAUGAAUUGUAUCAUCUGAUUUAUCACCACUGGGCUGAGAAAUAAAAUUGCAAUAUGAUUUAGAACUUUUGAGUCUCUCUCAUAACCAAAUACUUUUAAACAAAAUCAUGCCAGUUCACCUGGAAGCUUGAGACUUACAGCCUUCAACAAGGUAAUGAAGUUGAAUAUUUACAUGCUCUGGAGUGCUAUUUUGAUUAGAGUCUUAUUACUUCCCAAGUCUCUCCCAUCCAUCUCCUUCCCUUUCACAGUAAAUAUGAAAUAGUAAUUGUAAAAAAAUUAGGAAACCUUGUUAAAAUAUCAUACUAAAUUCUUACUAGACUACUAUCAUAUAUCAAGAAAGUCUUAAAUGUUAUUUCUCAAGUUAACCAGAUAUACUCAACUUAUUGGGAUUUGCAAUAUUACUCUCAAUCAUUUUUACGGUUUUUAUUUUAAAUUCUGCCUAUCUUGGCUCUGCCAUUCAUAUGAAACAGCAGGUCUUCCACAUGGCAAAUUUAAUCUUCAGUAGGGAACACUCAUGUAUUUAAGAACAUGCAAUUAAAAAAGAAAACCAAUAGAACAAAAUACAUACUACUGAGGAAAUACUGAGAGUAGUUCAGUAGAUACCAACUUUGGUACAAUUAUCUCUCUGGAUUAUUAGAUUUCAGCUCUGUCUGAAAUCCUAAGCUAGUGGUUUGGGCAAAUUAAACUUAUAAACUAUAUAGAGACUACUUUGGUACCAUUUUCAGAACUGUUUGAGCAGUACUAUGUAAAUGAACAAUGCACCAAUGAGACUUUCACAGCAGAGGACUUAUACAAAAUAGAAAAGCCUUUGUAGAAAGGAUAGUGGUUUUUAUUGUAGACUUAGAAAAUACUGAAUUAUGAAAAAUACAAAAUCAACUGUUGUAAUUAUCUGUUUAUUUUACAAUCUGUAUGCCAUCAUACCCUUAUGGCUUUAAGAUAGUCUGACCAAAGUAUUUUAAAACAUGCUUUAACAAAGUAUUUUACAAUUUCAAAAUUGAGUAUUUCUUUACUGGAAGAAAAAAAAAAAUAAAA